AUGGAGGAGAGCAUACAAGAAGUAGAUUAUAUAUCUGAAUUGCCAGAGCCUGUAUUGUAUCACAUCUUGUCCUUUCUCUCCAUUAAACAAGCCGCUCGAACCAGUGUAUUAUCAAAGACAUGGUUUCAAGUGUGGAGGACCAUCCCAAUUUUGAAAUUUGAUUUUUUUGAGCUCUUUAAUAGAAGAUAUGGAGCUCUUUACUACUAUCCAGACUUUGAGAUCAGGCAAACGAACAUUCAGGAGUUAUAUAAUUUUCUUGAACAGAUUUUGUUAAGUCGACAAAGGCAAAUGAUUAAUUUGAUCAAGUUUACGCUUAUUAUGCCUUCUGAAUACCCAGAAAUUGUUCCCACUAUGGACAGAUGGAUUGGCUAUGCCUUGGAGAGUAAAGUCAAACACUUGAAAAUUAGUGUUUUUCCUCCUACCUCUGUGUACUGCGUGCCUCAAGCUCUUCUCAAUGCAAUUUCAGUGCAGGUUUUAGACUUGCAGUACUUGCAUCUGCCCUCUAUCGGUAAUGUAACAUUACCUUUCUUGAAAAAGUUGUCUCUUACAUGUGUUUUUGCAAAUGAUAAUUUAGUAAGCAAACUAGUUGCUGGGUCUCCUCUAAUUGAAGAUAUGAGCUUCAUUACCUGCUUUGGUUUUAAGACCGUAAAGAUAUUUAAUCUUGUCAAUCUUGUCAAAUUCUAUGUGGAAAGUAUUGUUCAUCUUGAGCAACUUGAGGUGGAAGCACCAAAUCUUCAUUCAUUGACUCUGCGAGGUUCAUCUUGGCCUUCUGUAUUAAAGUUGGUCUCCUUGAAAUAUUUGAAGAGCUUAACAAUACAUGGGGCUCCCAUAACUGAUAAAUGGCUGCAUGAGCAAUUGAAUAAAUUUCCUCACCUGGAAUGCUUGCGCUUGGUUGAAUGCCAUAUAUUGGAGAGUAUCAAAAUUUCCAGUUCCAGUCUUCAUACAUUGUGCAUAAAGUCAUGUAAAAAGGCGGCUAGAUUGCAGAUUGAUACACCUAAUCUACACAUCUUCUCAUAUCGCGGUGAUAUAAUUUUAUUUUCUUCAAAUGAUUUGAUCUUACCCCAGGUUUAUUUGUAUUUUAAAUUCAAUAAUAUGGAAACUUUCUGGUAUAUCAGAUUGAUUCAAUUACUUGAAAAGUUCAAUCAAUGUUUCAGGAAGGUGACUUUGAAAAGUGAAACUGGUGAGAGUUGCAUUAUUCCUUGCCUAGUGAGACGACUCGUACCACCACCAUUGCUAAAAAUGAAAGAAAUGAAUCUUUCAAUUUCCACUAGAGGCAAAUGUCCAAUUGCCAAACUUGUGGAUGCUAUGCUAUGGAUUUGUCCUCAUCUAGAAAAUCUAUACAUAAAUACCCGUGCAAUAAAAUCCUCUUUUAAGUUUUCAUAUCGGAAGCCAACUUCUCAUGAAGGUGGAGACAGUGGUUGUCACAAGUCCCUCCCUGUUUCCUGCUGGAACUGUUGCAUAGAGGAUGUAAAAAUCAAGCAAUGGCACUAUCUCACAAUAGAUAUAGAAAACAAUAGUCGAAUUCGUAAAGAAAGGAAUUAUAUUUUCAAUCAAGACAUUUGGGAAAAGAUUAAAAGUGUGAUAAUAAAUGCAGCUCUUAAUUUGAGACAUGCAACAUUGUUCUACCUCACGUUUGAGCCAGAAAAUUACUAUGGUGAAAUGAAAAUCCUGUGGUCAAGAAAACCAGAAUUGGCUGCACAAGCAUACAGAGGUUGCAACAGUAUUCUGCAGAAAUGUAUUCAAGCAUAUAAUGGUUCGAGGCAUUCGUCAACCAUAUCCAAUAGGUUAUGCUUAUGCACAAACUCUACCAAGACUGCAAACAGGCAAAAGAGGAAAAAGGAUAACAAAACAAUGAAGGUGCAGCUUUUUGGAAUGUCGUUCACCAACAAAGCGAAAACUCCAAUUCAGAUUGAAGGGCUUUUUACUAAAUGGGGGCAACAGAAAAACUAA